AACGUCACACUUCCGUUUCCUGCAGUUUCUUCCUGUUUUCUGCAACAAGGAAGCAGAAGAUGCAUGAUGAUUGAGAUUUCCAAAUUUGCUUGUUGUGAUGGCUGAUUGUCUGACACACUGAAGACGUCCAUGCUGGUCAGAGCAGAGUGGUGCAUAUUCUUCUUUUUCGUUGUAAACAUGGCCCAGAUGGCUCAAGAGGACAAAGAGAAGACAACUGCUCUGAAAGAUUUACUGUCAAGGAUAGAUCUCGACGAGCUGAUGAAGAAAGACGAGCCUCCCCUCACUUUCCCAAAGACACUGGAGGAAUUUGAGUAUGCCUUUAAUGAGCGUGGCCAGCUCAGACACACUAAGACUGGCGAGGCCUUCAUCUUCAACUACAGAGAGGACCUGCACCGGUGGAACCAGAAGCGCUACGAGGCUCUGGGAGAGAUCAUCACGCAAUAUGUUUACGAACGCUUGGAGGAAGAGUGCAACUUGACAAGAGAAAUCCUCCCGGUGGACGCCUCGGAGGACGAACCAAAGACCUUCAUCUACAUGAGUGAGGACGCGCUGUCCAACCCGGACCGGCUGCUGGUGCUGAUCCAGGGCAGCGGGGUGGUGCGGGCCGGACAGUGGGCCCGCCGGCUCAUCAUCAACGACGACAUGGACAGCGGCUCCCAGCUCCCCUUCAUCAAGCGCGCCAUUGAGGAGGGCUAUGCAGUGAUGGUGCUGAACCCCAAUGAGAACUUCCUGGAGGUGGAGAAGCCAGCGGCGGCGGUGCCCGUGUCCCAGCAGGAGCCCUCCCCCCCCGAGGGGCCCGAGGAGCCGGCCGAGAAGCGGGAGCGCAAGGAGGAGCGCGAGGGGGGCCGCAAGAAGAGAGACUUCUACGAGAAGUACCGGAACCCGCAGAAGGAUAGGGAGACUGAGCACAUACCUAUACGGGAGAACAGCAGCCCAGAGGAGCACACCCUGUAUGUGUGGGACAACUUUGUGUCCAGAGCGGCCGCCAGGAACAUCUUCAUCAUCGCCCACAGCUACGGCGGCCUCUCAUUCGUCGAGCUGAUGAUUCAGCGGGAGGCCGAGGUGAAGAACCGUGUGUGUGCCGUGGCCAUGACGGACUCUGUUCAUAAUGUUUGGCAUCAAGAGGCCGGCAAGUCCAUUCUGGAGUGGCUACAAGAGGUGAGACUAUGUCCACUACUUCAUCCCUCUCUCCCUCCCUCUCUCUCCUUUCAUUUAUCUCUCUCUCUC